CCCGCUGCCGGCGCUCUGUGCCGGCGCGCCGCCAUGGCCGCCGCCGUCUUCUUCGGCUGCGCCGCCAUCGCGUUCGGGCCCGCGCUCGCCCUUGUGCUGCUCACGGUGGCGGCGGAGCCGCUGCGGGUCAUCGUGCUGGUGGCGGGGGCAUUCUUCUGGCUCGUGUCCCUGCUCUUGGCCUCUCUCAUCUGGUUCGUUAUGGUCCAUGUCAGCGACCAGGAGGACCCCAAGCUGCAGUACGGGCUCCUCAUCUUCGGCGCUGCCAUCUCCGUGCUGCUGCAGGAGCUCUUCAGAUUCGCCUACUUCAAACUGCUCAAGAAAGCAGAUGAAGGGCUGGUGACCAUCAGCGAGGACGGGCGAUCCCCCAUGUCCCUGCGGCAGAUGGCUUAUGUCUCCGGCCUCUCCUUUGGCAUCAUCAGCGGCAUCUUCUCCGUCAUCAACAUCUUGGCAGACUCCAUGGGGCCGGGAAUCGUUGGGAUCCAUGGGGAUUCGCCCUAUUACUUCAUCACAUCAGCGUUCCUCACCAUGGCCCUGGUUCUGCUCCACACCUUCUGGGGCAUCAUCUUCUUCGACGCCUGCGAGCGCCGCCGCUACUGGUGCCUGGGGCUGGUGGUCACCAGUCACCUCCUCACCUCGGGGCUGACAUUCCUGAACCCCUGGUAUGAAGCCAGCCUGGGCCCCAUCUUCAUCAUCACCCUCUGCACGGGCCUCUGGGCCUUCAUCACUGCCGGGGGCUCCUUCCACAACGUCCUCAAGUGCCUCUCCUGUAAGCAGGAGGAUGACAGCACGGUGAUGAUGUACUCAGCGCUGCAGGUGCCUUGUGAGGACUGAGGGCCCCAUUCCCGGCCUCGGGAAUCUCCUGAUGCUGCCUUGGCCACCGCAGUUUGUUCCCCCGGUGCUGCCCCUCGCUGUGCCCCACGGGGGCUCCAUAUCCCAGCCCCUUCCCCAUGGGAUUUUGGGAAUCUUCCCAGUGCCCCAUUAGUGACUUGGGCCUUGCAGGGGGCGGCCACAUUGAGGGGCUCGGGGCAGGACCCCCCUUCCCUCACAUUCCCCCCCCCCCCUCCUCCGGGGGGGUCCUGCCCAUCACAACCUGCUGCCACCCCCCUCUUGGCCUCUGUGGCAGUGGGGUGAUGCUCGGGGGGGGGGGACAGAGCUGGGUUUGGGGGUGCUGUGCCCCCCCGCUGGUGGCUGGGCUCCCUUGGAGCCGUUUUGGGGGGGGUAAAUUAUUUUUGUGGAUUCAGAGUAAAACCCUUUUACUAGA